AUGUCGGACGAGAGCCUUGAUCACGUUCCCCCGAAACUUUCAAAGUACGACUGGGUUGGUGAGGGUGCAGUGUGCAUCGUCUACCAGGUCCACCCUAGAAUCGUUGUCAAACACCCUCUCAAAUCAGGAUACGAGCAAUUCCACCGCGAGGUCCAGUUCUACGGACUUUUAAAGCGAAAAUCAAUUUGUCGGGAUAUCGUCGAGUGCUUUCUCCUCCUUCCAAAUGCCAUCUUUCUCUCCUACUGUGCCGCGGGAAGUCUCAGUCAGCGACUCAUGUCACGUCAGAUCAGAGAAGACUUGGAAGAAUAUCCCGGAAGAGUCAUCGAGGUUACGGCAAAGGACGAUACAGAGUUGAUCAGCCGGUGGAUGCGGCAACUUACUUCUGCGGCUGCAUUUCUCGAGACCAUGAACGUCGCCCACAACGAUAUCCAUCCUCGAAAUCUGCUUCUCGACCAGUUUCUGGAUAUGAAGCUGUCAGAUUUCGACUCUUACGCCACUGUUGGGGAGGAUUUGCCCGGUGCGCCAGCACCGUGGGCACGAGUACUCGCUGACGGACCGGACAAGGGCAGUUUCGGCACCUGUGGACCAAGAACUGAGCAGUUUGCCAUCGGGUCUGUGCUCUACAUGAUGCUCUACGGGCAUGAGCCCUACGAGGACAUAGCCAUGGAUCCUGAAGAGGUCGUUGAACGGUUUCAAUAUAUGCGAUUCCCAGAGCUAAAGAGAACCCCUCUCGAAGACAUCAUUCGCGACUGUUGGUUUGGUCACUUCCCAUCGAUGCGUGCACUGCAGUCCGCGGUCUUUGCAUGCACUGCCGAUCUUCCGCUGCAAGCAAGUUUGGGCAAAGCGGACAGCGCCGAAGAAGUGGGUUUGUGUAAAGAGCUUGUUCGGUCUGGUCUUUUGGAUUGCGGCCCGGGCCCUUGUUUCCUGGAGACAUGGCGCGGCGGCCAUAUCCAACCAUCACCUUGUUAG